UCGAGCUCGAAAGUAUCUGCCUUGUGGGAGGUCCUUGAGGCCGCUGGGGUCGUUGGUGACUGCCGAAUGGUUUGUGGAAGUCGUGGUGAUUUCGAUAGUUGGCUAAAGUCGUACUUGGGAGGAACGUCCCUGUCCGAAGAGAAAAUGAGUUUAGCUUUGAGAAAUGAGCUUGUAGUAGACAAAUCAAAGAGGAAAAAAAGAAAACUCUCUGAAGAACAGAAACAAGAAAUUAAAGAUGCCUUUGAACUAUUUGACACAGACAAAGAUCAAGCAAUAGAUUAUCAUGAGUUAAAGGUGGCAAUGAGAGCCUUGGGGUUUGAUGUAAAAAAGGCUGAUGUACUGAAGAUUCUUAAAGAUUAUGACACAGAAGCCACAGGGAAAAUCACCUUUGAAGAUUUUAAUGAAGUUGUGACAGACUGGGUAUUGGAAAGAGAUCCACAUGAAGAAUUAUUGAAGGCAUUUAAGCUAUUUGAUGAUGAUGAUUCAGGUAAAAUAAGCUUGAGAAAUUUGCGACGUGUUGCCAGAGAAUUGGGUGAAAACAUGAGUGAUGAAGAACUUCGAGCUAUGAUAGAAGAAUUUGAUAAAGAUGGUGAUGGAGAAAUAAACCAAGAGGAGUUCAUUGCUAUUAUGACUGGUGAUAUUUAAAGAAUUACAAGGAUAAACACUAAGAAUGUUGCAGUUAUCAUCUUGUAUUCUGUUUUUAUGCCUGGAGCCAUUUUAAAAAAACCAACUUAGUUCUUUUUACCAGAAGGACCAAAAAUAAGCAUCUUAUGUCUUCAUAUUUUACUACUGUUAAGUUUUGUAUGACCAGUAUUGUUAGCACUCUAAUAGUUUAUCUUUGUAUUUAUAAUACAGCUUUUAUAUAUGUAAAGUUUUAAAAAUUGAAUCAUGUGAUAAACACUUUUUGAGAUUUUUUAUUCAGCAUUAGUGGUCACUUUGGUUUUGGUGCACAUGUUUCAGAUUUUCCUUAAUAAAGUUUAUUUUGUUAGUA